AUGUCAUCCUAUUUAGUUAGUGAGGAGCAGCUGGUUUGUGUGACGGGAGCAGGAGGCUUCAUUGGGUCAUGGGUGGUGAAGUUGCUCCUCCUCCGUGGCUACUCUGUGAGGGGAACGGUUAGAGAUCUUGCUGAUGGCAAGAACGCGCACUUGCUCGCGCUGGAAGGAGCGGAUGACAGGCUCUCCCUCUACCGCGCCGACGUGCUCAACUACGACAGCCUCCGCGUUGCCUUGAGCGGUUGCCACGGUGUCUUCCACAUCGCAUCUCCGGUGUCCAACGACCCUGACCUUGUGCCGGUGGCCGAGGAGGGGACAAGGAAUGUGAUGAGAGCAGCGGCGGACGCCGGCGUGCGGCGCGUGGUGUUCACAUCCUCCUACGGCGCCGUGCACAUGGACCCCAACCGGAGCCCGGACGCCGUGGUCGACGAGACCUACUGGAGCGACUAUGAAUUCUGCAAACGAACAGGGAAUUUCUACUGUUGCGCCAAGAUGAUGGCGGAGAAGACGGCGAUGGAAGAGGCGGCCACGAGGGGCCUGGAGCUGGCGGUGGUGGUGCCGCACGUAACCAUCGGCCCCGCGCUGCAACGAACGCUCAACGAGAGCAUCAACGGCGUCCUCAAGUACAUCACGGGCGCCAAGGCCACCUACCCGAACGCCGUCGCCGGCUAUACCGACGUCCGCGACGUCGCCCGCGCGCACCUCCUCGUUUACGAGUGCCCCGACGCCCGCGGGCGCUACCUCUGCAUCGGAGAGAUCCUGCACCGUGCUCAGUUCAUCCACAUGCUCCGGGGCCUUCUCCCUGACCACUACCCCGUCACUACCAAGUACGGCGAUGACGGCAAGCCCAUGGUGAAACCGUACAAAGUGUCCAACCAGAGGCUCAAAGACUUGGGCCUGGAGUUCACCCCUGUGAGGGAAAGCUUGUUCCAGACGGUCAUAUCCUUGCUACACAAGGGUCACCUUCUUUUGCCUGCCACGGGGCCGAUACUCGCACGGAUGUAA